AUGACAACUGUAAGCACAGUGACGACGACUAUCAUCCUCGAGUCCGAGAAACCACACUCCUCCGCCCCUCUCGAGACAGUAAAAUACGCCGAUCUUCUAGAAAAAGAUGCCCUCGAAACCUCUAAACUCCUCCGAUCCUGCCAAAGUCCCGGAUUCUUCUACCUGGAUAUCUCCGGCACAAAUUCCUACUUCAACGGCGACGCCUAUCUGGAAAAUAUCCGAUCGCUGUCCCAGCAACAAGAAGAGUACUUUUCGCAACCCUUCCAUGCCAAGAUGAAAGACUAUCUCGACGUUUCCGCUGAAAAGGGUUACCGAUAUGCGCCGGACAGCGAGACAUUCGACGUACCAGCCAGUUCCUUUCACGAGGAGGAUAUACCAUCUCCUCUAGAUGCUUUGUCGAUAUAUUUCAUGAUGGCACAUGCACACGCAAUUGCGACCACACUGAUUCGCAGUUUGUCACCAUUUAUCGGCAAUGAAGAUGUACGGAAAUAUGUAACGUCCGCCCAUGAUGAAAACGAUGUAUCGCUCUCCGGGUUGAGACUGGAGAAUCUCCUGGCCGAGGAAAAGGAAAAGCAAGGGUAUUAUUAUUCCCCAGGAUGUACCGACGGAGGGUCAAUCUCACUGCGCUAUUGCGAUGAGGCGAUGAUUGAAUAUUUAGACGUUGAGACGGGGGGUUGGGCAUGUAUUGAACCACGCAGGAAUUGCCUGGUUGUAAACGUGGGGGAUAUGUUGCGCGCAGCUAGCCAGGGCCAGUUUCAGAGUCCGCUGCAUCGUGUGGGACAUCCGUUGGUUGGGGUUCAAGAUCGUGGAUGUGUAACGUAUCAUCUAUGGCCUGCGGAUGACUUGGGGUGGCGUGGGAGAUGA